CCUUGUAGGGCGGUGGCGCGCACUUCACUUGUUUCACACGAUCCUCAGUGCUCGGCACACGGGCACCACUCGCUCUGCUCACCGCCUCAGCGCUCCGCUCCUCGCACGACCACAACAUGAGCCGGCUGCCCCUCCUCGUUUGCCUCGCGGGCUGCGUCGUCUCGCUGGUAUCGUCGCUGCCCCUGGCGCCGGAACAGCAGGAAGUGGUGCAGCUGCCGCUGGAUAUACAGGAGGCGUUGGCCAAGCUGCAGCUGGCGGAGCAGUCGUACGAGGAAGAGACGCCGCGGGACAAGAGGACCAUCGGCGUGCUGCGCCAGCUCUUCCCCGGGCUGUCCCAGAUAAUCGAUAGGAAAAUCCAAAUGAUCACUCAGUACUUAUUCCGAGUAAUCGGUCGGCUGGUGCUGAGAGGUGGUCUGCUGGGAGGCGGCAACCGCAGUGGCGGAGGCUCCUCAGGCGAUGGGGGCAGCAGGCGCAUCAGCAUUACAUUGCCAACAUACCCGCCCUUCGAGGAGGAAGAGGGCGAGGACACUGAACAACCAGGCACCGAGUCAUCUGACGUCGAAGAGCUCACCUCCCCCCCGACGGAAUUAAAUCCUGAAGAGAAUCAGCUGUCUGGGGCAGAAUCCCAGCAGAGUGAAGUUCGUGUCCAGUAUGGUGAGGACCAAGAACUGGCAGCAAGUGGAGGCAACAGUGCACCCAGUGACAAUGCUGCACCUGCACCUGCAGCUGAUGCAGAUUCUGAGGAGGCUGACCGCAACAAACGGUUGAUCAACUUUGGGUUUGGAGCUUCUGCUGGCACUGGAGGCUCAGGUGGCGGAUCUGGAAACUUCCUCUUUGAUAUCAUUCGGAGGACCGCCGACCGUGCAGCGCGUGCAGCAGGCACGGUAUACCGUGUUGUGGCUGGUACUGAAAGCCUAGGGCUGGGUGUUGCUACUGGGACGAAAACCACCACCAGCUCCCGCACCAAUCAGACGACUGUCACUAGCCUCACCACCAACAAUGCUACUCCCCGUGCGCUGGUCGCUGGCAGUGGCAACACGGAGCCAAGUGGAGAAUCUGCAAGUGCCAGUGCAGGAGCUUCAGCAGAUGCUGGUGUUGUAAGAGAUGAUGGAUACCAAGCAGGUGUCCCUGGACCAAUCACACGGUUGUUUAUCAUUGCCAACCGUGGCAUUGCCAAUCUCAUGCAGGACCUGAUCUUGCGCCUGGCUCAGACAAGUGAGAGGAUAGUGAACUUCAAGGCCCGCCUGAUCACCUCCAUUAUUUAAAGAGAAACUGUUCGUUCCUGGUACAAGGAUCAUACCUUUAUGACUCUAUCCUCAUGAAAAGUGUUAUAAUUAAAGCACAGGCAUCUUGUAGAUGGAUUCUGCAGCAAACUGGACACAUGUUCUUCUUCCUUUGACAACGUGGACAUCAUAAUUUCAUGAUACAGAGAACAGAGCAUAUGUUUAGGUCAGCUGAUCAUGGGUUCAGAUCUGUUGCAUUAUUGUCACACAGUACGUGUUGUGUGAGAGACUGAAUGGCCACUGGCCUGCUACCAUUCCUCUAAAUACCGAUGUGACUAACAGAAGCAUAUAGAGGUAUAUUCAGCUAGUCAGUGGCACUUUCUUCUACAUGUUUGCUUGUGCUUUAAUUUGAUCUACAGUCUAUGUAAACUAUCAACCAUUUCAAUAGUUACCAUUGAAAUACUCGAGUGAAUUACUGUAUAUAACAGUGGAGAAAUUGAAAGUUACUGACAAUGGCAGUAUUGCUACAUUAUUUAAACAGUGACAAUUGUAUUAGAUUUGUUUUGUAUAGUAUCUGUGUAAUCGUAUGAACUGAAAUUUAUUAUAUUUUAUGUGAAAAUGCAUUCAAUGAGUAUUUUAUAAUUGGUUUAGAUUGAAUGUUUUAUUGAUGAGGCAUCACCUACACAGCAAUCUGUAAAAA